AAGCCCCAAACCUUCCAUUUUCUGAGCUAACCCACAACGGCACAACGUUUUCUUCUCGAAAUUACACAUUUUCUGUCUCCUCAAACAUCCCUUUUUUUUGUCCUGUUUCCUUGUUUCUUGGAGUUGUCUCCUUCAUUGCAAAUAGUCUUACGUUUGAAGGAAUUAAGCUAAAGCUUCAGAUUCUUCCCGACGGGGAAAAACCAUGUUGCAGGACGUCAUUCAUCCACCGGAGCAGCUCCCCAUUGAUGACAUCUCAAGCCCAAUCAGUGGUCCAAUUUUUGAUUUUUGUGAUCCGGAUUUAUUCUCAGAAAACCUGCAGAACUCUGAGGUCACUUCUUCUAAUUGUUGCUAUGAAGAGAAUUCCUCCUAUGCCACUAAUCUUUCCAUACCACCAGACAUCGAAAAGCAUAAUAGCUGCCAAGAUAACCAAGGCAUGACAAACAUAGCCAACCCCACAAGCACCACCACUACUACCACCGCAAGCACCACCACCACGGCUACUACCACCCCUACUGCUACCACUGACAACAAUAAUAGUAAUCUGUUCAUAAUCUUUGAUUCCCCAGAUGAGAUUGAUAAUGACAUUUCUGCUUCAAUAGACUUUUCAUCAUCCUCUCCUUUUUCUGUUCCUCAAUUUCCGACAAUUCACCAAGAUCAAUUCGACCUCACCUUGGUGCAACCUCAAAUCCGAUUAACAGAUGUUGUGGUUGAUGGACUCGCACAGUACUCUGCUGAUCCCGUUGUGCCUCUUAUGGGACCUCCAUUAUCUGCAGUUUUUGAAGAAGAGUGUUUUUCCUCUGUACCUGCUUAUGUACCUUUAAACCCUUCAUCUCCUUCCUGCUCCUUUCUUGGCCCUUCUAUGCCAACAUUCAUGCCUGCUGGGGCUAUGACUGCUUCUUUAUCUGCUGACAGUUCAGGGAUUUUUUCUGGAAGUCUUCUUAUGGGGUCUGAAUUACAACCACAAGAAUUGGAAUAUCAGGGUGACAAUGGGAGAAUGUUCUGUCCAGAUUCAACGCAGCACAGUUUUAACCCUGGAGACUUGCAGGUGCUUACUAGUGAGAGCCAACAACUUGGGCCUGUAGCUGCUAGUUCUACUCCUCUAACAUCAGAGAUUUCAGGUUUGGAAGAUCCAACCUUUAACAAGGUAGGCAAACUCACUGUUGAGGAAAGGAAGGAAAAGAUCAAUAGGUACAUGAAGAAAAGGAAAGAGAGGAACUUCAGCAAGAAAAUUAAGUAUGCCUGCCGCAAGACACUAGCAGAUAGCAGACCUCGAGUGAGAGGCAGAUUUGCCAAGAAUGAUGACUUUGGAGAGACCUCCAGGCCAGCUUCUAGCAAUCAUGAAGAAGAAGAAGAUGAGGAAGUUGCUGUGAAAGAAGAGGAAGACAUGGUUGAUUCCUCUGACAUCUUUGCUCACAUCAGUGGUGUGAACUCCUUCAAGUGCAACUAUCCCAUACAGUCCUGGAUUUGACAAACUUCUUCAUAACAAGUAAACUACAAUUUUGCAAGACCCUAUUUCAGCCAGGGUUACUCUAUCCAGGUAUAAUCUUAAAAUCAAAAGACCAAAGAAAAAAAAAAAAGGAAAAAAAGAAAAAAAGAGAGAAAUAAUUGGGUCGUUAUGGUUUCCAGAUAAUCAAGUCAGGAUAAUAUGGACAGUAAAUAAGAACAUGUAGUUUUGUAGAUAAUAUCACAGCUUGUAUCAGGUUCAACAUCUGUGAUCUGGAAAACCUUGUAUCCUACCAGCCAGAAUAGCUAAUUGAACAUAUUUAUGUUAGUUUGUACUUAAACCUAAGAUAUCAGCUUUACAUGCAAACAAUUGUGUAAAUAAAAUGCUUGACUCAUGUAAAUUAUAUAACAUUGAGGCUUGCUAGCGGCUUUACUGAGCUCAAAACAUUACACAAAGAUCUGCAAAUUAAUCUCUCCUUUUGUUUAUUGUCUGUGUGAUUGUGUUCUAUCUUUCCUUGGCUGUUUCCUGAUAAAGGUCAAGCUUUCCU